AUGGAAGCCUUGGUCUGUGCGUUCUCUGAGCUGCGCAUAAGAGAAGAUGCAGUGAGCUGGGCCCGAGGACAUCCCAGCCACCCCGACACACCACCCAACAUCUACGAGGGGGGGCUGGGGGCCCAGCAGCAGCAGUGCCCCAGCGCCCAGGGAAGCAAGCCCAAGAACUUCCGUCUGCGCCACCUCCGGGGCCUGGCUCUCUACUUGCCAGGCCACAUGCAGGCUGCCGGCCAGUGUGAGAGCCACUGGUUGGGCCGGCUCAUGGCCAGGGGCUGCCUCCCAUGGCCUGAGGGCAUGGCCUGGCCCCUAGACCUUCCACAGGGGACUCUGGGCCCAGGUAACAGCCACCGCUCAGCCCUUCUGGAAGCUCCAGUGCCCAGGGACAUCCUGGGAAAUACAGCUUCCUGUUCCAGCAAGGACCCAGCCAAGGGUGUCCUCUCCCAGCCUGGUCCCUCUGAAGUCUUGGGGCUCAGGCCCAAAAGGUCCUGGGGGCCCUCAGAGGAGUCCACAUGUCCCUUGUGCAAAAGAACCCGCUCUGGGGCUCUGGAGAGACCAUAG